GGGACAUAUGUUGGUAGAAACUGGGAGGGCCGGUGUUUUUAACGUACUUAGGAAUGUUUUUAUUUUAAACCAGUGGGCGGUACUACUGAUAUUUUAGAUAGGAAAGGAACCAAAAAAACAUGCCGCAACACGACUGAAAAUGACUCUCUCGGAGUGAAUCAGGUGUGCGUGUGUCCUUCAGUUGUGUGAAAGGAGCGAGCAGAAGACGCGGAAGUAAAUUUAGACGGACGUGUUGUUAGUAAUGGACCAGUCAUCGUUGUUCAGUUUUAAGAGGAGAAAAACUUUGAAUUGUUUUCGCGUGUCGCGUGCGCAAACCUGUCCUCAGCGGGAGAUGCCUGUGGCGCUGUGGCGCACAGGACUGUUGCUCUGUUUCCUUGGUUUCUGCGGCUGUCUGGAGGAAGAGUGCGUCCUUGGCAUUGUCGGGCGGCUUGUGUCACUGCCAUGCUUUUACAAUGAAUUAUCAACCUUUAACAAUUUUUCCUUUGAGUGGAGGAGAGGCGAUUCAGUGGUGUUCAGAAUCUCAGCCGAGGCUGCACUUGCUGGAGACCUCUCUCUGGAGCUGCCCAUUGUUGAUGCUAAAGAGCACAACGUCAAUUACAGUCUGUUAAUCAUUUCAGAGGGGAAUCACAGUGCUCCACUGUGCACUGUGUGCCUCAGGAUAGCAGCCAGUUUCAGCUCCCCGCUCCUGCAGAGGGAAGAAGAGGCGCAGGGGGAUAAGGAGGUCUUCGUGUGUCACUCUGGUGGUGGUUUUCCUGAACCUGCUGUUGACUGGCUCAUCAAUGACAGCGAGGAGCCCCCUGAAGGCUCAGUGAGGACCUUGGCAGCAUCACUCCCAGACUCCCAUCUCUACAACAUCACAAGUCACCUGACGAUCAACAUUCCCAAAGACUCCAGCGUGUCGUGCAUCAUAAAGAACCUGUCCAUGAACGAAACCUUUGCCUCCACAAGCUAUGGAGUGCAGGACAGCCCAGUGGUGACCCAAGCAUCAGAUGGCGUUUGGAUGUUCAGCACGGCUCUCUCUGUGGUGGUUGGGCUCAUGGUGCUGGCAGGAAUUGCCUAUCAGAUUCGUCUGGACAGAAUAAAUAAGAGGAAGGAGCAGGAAUUCCAACAGGCUAACAGAGGACACAGAAGACGAAAUCGGGACACGGAGGAGACCGAGGCGAUGAACCCGGAGCCACAGGACACUAGUGUGUAGAGAUUGGAAUCGACAAAUCCUCAUCAAUGGUCACUCAUUUUCAAAUUGAGAUACAAUGCACUGAUUUGUAAAUAUGCAUUACCUUUCUGUUUACCACAGGGAGGAUUUAACAUUGUAGUCCAAACCUGGGGCUGUUGAUUUGUUUUAUAGAUCUGUUAAUGUUUUUCCAUCAGGACAGAAAAUAUGACAAUCAAGAACUAAAAUGUUUCUACAUUUGAAAUCUCUGUUGCCACAAUCACUAGUCAAAAAACUGAAGGCAAUUGUUCUUUUAAUGGAGCACUUUUUCAAGAAAUGCCAACAGUUCUAUUUCCAGUAAUAUAAAACUGAUUAAAAGGAUUCAGUAUGUCACAUUACAGAGGAUGUAACCAGCAAAUGCUUUAUUUCACUUAAUAAAUGAUGUCAACAAUUAA